AUGGAGAGCGUGAUGUAGAAGCAGCAUCGGCAGACCAACCACAACAUCAAAAGAAGCCAUAUAGAAACACAAGGCCAGGACCCAAGUCCUUUACAAUGUACAUAUCCACACGUAAAUGGAGAAAGAUAAGGCCUUUGCCAGGUAGCAGAAAAUUGCAAAAAUCAUGGACACAUGUCAUUUAUGAAAAAUUUCAGAAAACAAAUCCCUGCUGCACACUUGUUUUUAAAUACCAGCACUUAAAGGUCACUCACAGUCGUAAGUAUCGGUGCCCAUUUAUGACAGUUAAGGCAUCAUGUUCCUUCAAAUCUUGCAAUGCCCAUUAUAUUUUCCAUAUUUCACACAAACCAUUGGGCUGUGACAAACAAAUUCCAAUUCAGGUUACAAGAAUUGGUAAGGUAACACAUUUGAGACCGGAGAUAAGGUCCCGGCCAGCUAGUUACCAGAAGAGAGGCAAGAUUGCCAAAGAAGUGGUACAAGGAGUAAGCAAUCUGUACUACAAAAAUCUCAGGGAAACACCAGUUCCUGAGUUGAUGGCUGGAAACAUCACUCGAAGUUUAAAUAAAAACAUACUCAAAGUAAUUUCUAGUGAAAUUAAAAAAAGCUGCAGACUGCAUGAUGAUGUGAUCCUGGAGCUGAUGUUGACACAGAAAAUAAUCAAAGACACAGAUCUGUCAUACAGAUUUUGGCCAGGGUAUGUCCAACAUCUGCAAGUGGAUCCAUUUGGAGUGCAUCUUCUCACUGAGACAGGACUGGACAUCCUUGUACAACAUCUCAGAAAAGGAAAUCCUGUUACCUUGUAUUUGGAUGCUACUGGAGGGGUUGUGAGUCGAGUUCCAAGUCAGGCAAAGAGAGUGCUGUACUACAGCAUCAACCUACCAGGACAUGGAAAAGACAAGCCUCCUCUUCCUGUUUCUGAAAUGGUAACAAAUGAUCACACUAUCCCAAACAUUACUUUCUGGUUGCACCAGAUGGUAACAAAAUUACGGAAACUCACUAUCUACAACAUACAUCGCGUUGAAACCGACUAUAGUUGGGCACUCAUCCAGAGUGUCCUUUUGUCUUUCAACAAACAAGAUAUACAUACCUACCUAAAGGACAGCUACAAUUUAGUCACAGGAAAUGACACCAUGGCAGACUUCAGGAAACUCACUGUUCUUCACUUAUGUUCUGCCCAUUUAAUUAAGGCUGUCCAUGGAGCAAUUGGCAGAAGAACAAAAGACAAGGGAUUGAAGGAGUUUGCUACUCACUGUGUGGCACAACUAAUAAACACCACCAGUCUGAAGACGGCAAUAGACAUUUUUGAGUGCAUGUGCCAUGUCUUUUAUACCAAAGCAAACACACAGCGUGUCAGUCAGUUUCUUCAAAAACUCCAUGACCACAUUCGGGGAACAGAAAUUCCACAAGACGCUCUGGAUGAGAAGCAGGCAGUGGACAACUACAUCCCUCCAGAGGCAAACACAAUAUUGGCCAGGUCACCAUUUACAUAUGAGUUCACUUCUGUACUUGAGGCUGUCAUGUCUAUUCAAGAUCCUGCGGAAGAAACAGAAAUGGACAGUAACAAAUAUCAUUGUCCAGUGAUCCUGGAUAUUCUGAUUAAAGACUACAUGCCGAUUUUUCCACUCUGGUCAGGGAUAAUGCUUGGCGAUUUGCAACGAUUCAAAGACAGAGAGUUUAUCAGAGAUGACCUACAGAAAACACAUGACACAAACUGUCAUGCUGAAAACUGGUUCUCUAUAGUCAAGGACAAAAUCCUACAGAAAAAACUGUACCAUCGCCCAGCAACAUUUAUACAAAAAAUGUAUGCGUCAUUGCAGGGAAGGUACAGAGAACACAUCCUGCAACAUGACCUUCCAGACAGGAUGUUGCUGAAGCGUUUAAAUGUAAAAAAACAAAGUUUGGAGGACUUUGAGGAGAAAUGGGCUAAGAAGAGCAUGAGCGACCCUAAAGAAAAAAAAUCCAAGUACUUUCAUACCCCAGAGGUUAUACCUUCUCCUAAUGAAAAGGUUAGUAGUAUGGCCAUUAAUAAAGAUUACAUACAUGACCAUGAAAAAACAAUGUAUUAUUAUAAGUAUUUCUAAUAUUAACAAAAAAGUGAAUUGUUACACAUUGCAUCACAUCCUUAAUUUCUGCUGGUCCACGUAGGCAUCAAAAGAUUCUGUCGGACGGCCAAAGUUGAAAGUAAAGACGACUGACAAUGUCAGAGCCGUGUCUGACCCUUCCCAGACAUCUAAAAAUCCUGUCGGACGGCCAAAGUCGAAAGUAAAGACGACUGACAAUGUCAGAGCCGUGUCUGACCCUUCCCAGACAUCUAAAAAUCCUGUCGGACGGCC